AUGCAGGCUGGUGACGAGCCUAGCAGAUCAUGUCGGGAACGUCAGGUAGAGAUGCAAAACCCUCCUCCACUUCAGAUCCAACGUCGGAACCACACGAAAAUUCUCGGUAUCGAGUAUUUGGCGCCUGAACAUGGCGGCGAAGCAAGGCAGAGAUGGUUAGAGCUUGUGCCAGUAAAUGUUAAGCGAAAGUCAAGCGGUCAACUGCAGCUUACUAAGCUCCCGCUCAUUACUUCUUGUCAUCUCUUUCUCGUUGACCACUCGAUUCGGGAGAGGUAUACACCUCAAUCAGCACUCGGUUGCCUUACAUAUGAAGCUGAUGCCCCCACGAAUGAAAUCAUGCUGACUGACGAGAAUCAAGAAACAGUAAAAAGACGGCAAUUAUUCUCCAUGAUGUUUGAAGUAUCGGCCCCUAAAGGGUUGGAACGAAGGGCGAGAUAUUCUGCGAUACGGCGAUCCGUCAUAGGACUUGCAGAUCGCCGAUUUAUCAAGGAUAGGCGUGCAGGAUUAAUAUUGCGGGAUUCGCGUACCUAUGCGCACACAGCGAGAGAUUUGCUCGUAUACUUCCGCGUCCUUCCACAAAUGCAACAGUAA